GAGGGAGCGCGGCCCGGCCCGGCCCGGCCCGGCGAGCGGCGCUCAGCAAACUGCAUCCAGCCUGGCCCAAGGAUGGAGUCCCUCCCUGAAGCAGUCCUGAUCAGAAUCCUGGCUUCCAUACCUGCGGUGGAUUUGGUGCUGGCGUGCCGCCUGGUCUGCUGCCAGUGGAAGAAUCUGGUUGAUGGAGCUGCACUUUGGAUCCUGAAGUGUCAGCAGGAAGGUCUCACUGGAGCAGAGUCACAGGAGGAUGCAGAGAACUGGCAAAACUUCUACUUCCUGAGCAAGAAAAGGAAGAAUCUCAUCAAGAACCCAUGUGGUGAAGAAGACUUGCAGCACUGGGGAGAGGUAGAGAAUGGAGGUGAUGGCUGGAAAAUUGAAGAGCUCCCUGGGGACUUUGGAAAAGAAUUUCCUAGAGAAGAAGUCUAUAAAUACUUUGUUACAUCUUAUGAGUGGUGUCGCAAGGCUCAGGUCAUUGACCUUAGGGCUGAGGGCUACUGGGAAGAGCUGAUGGAUACAACCCAACCUAAAGUUGUGGUCAAAGACUGGUACGCAGGACGCAGUGACGCCGGCUGCCUCUAUGAGCUCUGUGUGAAGCUGCUCUCAGAGAACGAGGAUGUUCUGGCUGAGUACAAGAGUGAGACUGUUGCCAUCCCACAGGACAAUGAUGCCAGCUGGACUGAGAUCUCCCACACCUUUUCCAACUAUGGGCCUGGGGUCCGCUUUGUCCGCUUUGAACACGGUGGCCAGGACACGCUAUUCUGGAAGGGCUGGUACGGCGUCCGUGUUACCAACAGCAGCGUGACAGUGGAGCCGUAGCUGUGCUCAGCUGGGGCCUGCAUGGAGCCCACUGCCCUCGGGGCAUCCCCUGGCCGGUGGAUGGUUUCUGCAUGGUGCUGCUGCCAGGCUGCAGAGCAUACACCCUUCUGCAUAUGAACGUGCGUGCAAGGCGCCAGGGGCCAGCAUCCAUCUUUCCUCAAGAGGACUAUGCAAAGAACAUGAAUAGAUUUGUGAAUGCACCACACGGGACUCAGCCUCGCCGCUUGCACGGAUGUUCUCUGUCAGACAGGAGAUCAUCUGAAAGCCCUGCAGACCUUACUGCUCUCCUAAGCCACCAACCCCUAGCACCCAGCCGAACUAGACACCCCUCCUGCCUGCUUCCCAGAACUGGGCACCCCUUAACUUUAAGUUAACUUUAUAUUUUCUGGAAGUUAAAGAAUGGAAAAAAAGGAAGAAAGAAAAGCAUAGACUUCACAUCUGAGAAAAUACCAGGGAAACCCAGAGCCCUGUCACAUCUGUCACCAACCACUUCCAUGACCCACAGCGAGACCCUUAGCAUCUCCCAUCCAUAAUCAAUAGUUGUCACUGCUGGCCACACAGGACCCCUACCUUGGCUGCCAAGUGCUAUUAGUUUGAUUUCUAGUGAUAAUGCAAGGUGAUAGGGCAAUUCUUUUUUUCUUACACUCUUCCCAGCAUUCAUUUAUUAAGGAAAGUAUUGGGAACUGAAACCUCUCUGGUGUCCAGCCCUGGGGCUUCAUUUGGCUCCCUCAGACAGAUGGCAACUGAGAGUAAUUGCUGGGAGAGAGACAAAGAUGUAGGGAAAUGGGUUAGAAGCAAAUUGGGGAGGGGGUCCAGGAACAAAUGAAAACAAACUCCUCUAUCCCUUCCUGGCCUCUGCAUGCUCCAUGCAACAAGCACCCUGGUCAUCCAGUAUGACUCCUUGCAGGCAGGAGAUAACAUUCAGAGAAAGCUGUGCUUAGCCCCACUUGAUCCCAGUUCGUCCUGCCUGCUAACAGUGUCUGCAAAAAGGACAUGUCUGCCUCCACUCCAUAUGCUCACUGACAAGACAGCUCUUCAUGUGUACUCCCACUAGUGCCUCUUGAUACCUCUCAGGGCUGCGAGCCACUAUCCUGAACAAAGACACCUAAGCUUCCCUCAGCUAAGCCUGUCCCCGCUAGUUAGUCCUCUCAGAAGAGCUUCUCCUCAAUAGAGCUGGUGUUGUGUAGAGAGACAGGCGCUUACAUUUUUGUGUCCAUCUGUCUUCCCUUCCUGGGCUGCCAGCACAUACAUACUUGAAUGCCACUUUGCAUCAAAGUGCACCAUUGCAAGUGCAGUCUACUACUACCUGUAGCCAAAGGAGAGAGCUUCUGAGCUGGCCACGUUGUGCACGCUCUGCUUCGUCGGGCUUGCUUGGGGCACGGCAGCCUUCCAAACCACAGCUGUGCCCAGGCAGAGUCCAGGCAAACAUAAUAAAAUGACACAGUUGUGUGUGGAUCUUCCCUUG